ACAAAAGUAUUGUCGCAAAACUGCUGCUGCUGCCUCUCUGGUGCACAUUCUGGAGAAACGCGCAAAAUCAGCUGAUCUGUGAGACAUUCAGUCGCUCCGCGUCAAACAGUUUUGUUCAAAGAAACGUGGAGCAAAAAAAAUGUAAUAAAAAUACUGCUGUGCUGGAAAAGUUGUGUUACGACAUUGCAUCACUUCUGUGAAAGUGGAUAUGUUUCAUAGUAUCUAGAUCAGGGGAGUCGAACCAUUUUAGUUCAGGGGCCACUUAGGGCUUUCGACCAAAGAGCACCAGGUGCUAGGUUGGUUCAAAGUUGAGAGCCAGUGCUUUUUUGGUUCAAAUCUCGUGCUGCCCCAGAACGGGUUUGUGUUUCCACUCAAGAAGGAGCAAAGUUGGAGCUGCGUCAUUGCGCCGCCACAAAACGUGUGUACAUACUGCGUACGUAGCCGUUCAACAGCGUUCACGCCGUACGGAAACCCACACAACAACAAUGGAGGACUUCAUUGGAGUGGUGUUCAUGGCUUUGCUAGUGUGUCUCGCCAUCGCUGAACAGUAAAACCUUCUGUUAGGGGUUACCCAUCGGCGUCGCCGUUCCAAUGCCCGGCGAUCACGUUUGAGAAGAAAGAUGUUUUUAGAUGUCACCCCGCCCUCUGCCCGUGACAUGCUCGGCUCUCAACUCUGGCCACCUCUGGCCCAGCAACGAGUUGGUGCCCGAAAAAGCCCCAGUUUUUGGAGCCCGGAGCCUCAGCUCCGGUGGUGGAAAGACAAAAAACCGGCGCCAAGUCGGGCACUGGCUCCGACUCCAAACGGGCUCCACCCCGGUCGAAAGCCCCCAGGCUGCCCAGUUUGACCUCAAGUGGGCUGGAACAGUAAAAUCAUAGCAUAAUAACAUAAAUAACUCCUUUGUUUUAGUACAAAAAAGUACAAGUAUAUUCUUCCCAUUUAAUAAACCAUCUCUUUACAAAACAUAAUGAGCAACCUGCAUUUUUUAAAAAAAUCAAAAUGAAAAUAUUACCUAAAAUCAACCAUCUCUUCUCCAUGAUUCCAUUUAAACCCACAUCAAAGUGGUUCCAAUCGUUAGACUCCGCUAUUGGUAAAUUCUACUCAAAGAAUAAAAAGGCUAAAAUCAGUUUGACUACCCUCCAGAAGAAUAAAUCCGAAGGGGGACUGGAGGCUCCCAACUUCAUAUAUUAUUAUUUAUCCAACCAAUUACAAUAUCUCACCAAAUGGAUACAUCCACAUGAAGAAUAUAACUCCUGGCUGGAACUAGAACAGUUAGAUUGUAACCAGAUCAAAAUCUCUGACCUUCCCUUUAUCACUUCUGCCCUUAAACAUCACUCCUGCUUCAAGAACCCAAUGAUCGCUUCCACCUUGUCUGCUUGGUGGAAAGCACUGGAAAUCACAGGCUCCCAAUUAAAACCCAGUAUACUCUCCCCAAUCUGGCACAACCCUGAUUUUGCCAACAACAAAAUAGCUCUUUAUUUCAGCACAUGGGCAGAGAGAGGAGUCACCCACCUCCAUCACCUUCUUGAUGAUAACAUAUUUAGGACAUAUAUAAACUUAUUCCAAACAUUUGAAAUAAGAAAUGGAAAUUUUCUUCAGUACCUACAGGUAAAGAAGACUAUUACAAGUAGAAUUCCAUCGCUUCAGACUACUUUACAGCCAACGGAUUUACAGCCACCUGAAUUUGUCGAAUACAUUGUGAAACUGUCUCCAAGAAAUAAAAAGAAUCUCUCAAAAAUUUAUAGUUUACUCUCAAAGACACACUCUAUACACCUACCAACUCAAAAAUGGGAAAAAGACGUAUCCAAAUCUUUUGACUCUGAUUUUUGGACCCAGAUCUGUGAAAACACAUUUAAAAUGACUAAAAACACCAACUUACAAUUGAUCCAAUUUAAGGUGCUUCACAGAACGCAUAUAACGCAAUAUAAACUGUAUAAAAUGGGCUUCUCACGCUCAGACACAUGUACGCAAUGCACCCAAAACAUGACUGACACUUACUUUCACGCUCUGUGGCUUUGUACACCCGUCUAUCAAUUCUGGGUAACGAUCACAGAAACUCUCCAAUAUUUUGGACUGCGGGAUUCCGCACUCCCCGAACGUUUGCCUAAUUGGUGAUCUAACGCAAACAGCCCUACGAGACAUUCAUAUCCAACCCACACUUGCAGCUAUCGCCAUUGCCAAAAAAACUAUUUUAGUUAACUGGAAAGAUAAGAAAGCCCUCAACAUCAUCCAUUGGCUGAACCUCCUCACAGAGCACAUUUCACUUGAGAGAAUAUCUGCUAUCGGAAAAAACCAUUUAGACUCCUUCAAAGAAAAAUGGUCUCCAUUUAUUAAAUCAAUAAAUAUUAAUCUAUAGCCUCCGCUUGUAUGUGGGCGUAUGCCACUUCCCUCAUAAAAUUGUAAUUAUUAUUCUGUCUGUGUGUAUGGUCUGACUUCUGUCUGCUUUAUUUCAGUUUAUUAACCCUCUACCUUUUUAAGUAGGAUGGCACCAUGGACUUCAAGGCUGUGUGCAUGCACUGGUGGUGUCCCUUCCCUAUUGCUCUUGGGGUUGCUCUCUGGCUCUGCAGGGCCUGCGUGGCUCGGGCCCCUCUGCCUGGGGGUGGGUGUCCCCGGUGUCUCUCCCUUCGAGCCCUGGGUCUGCUGGGUCUGUGCGCUCUCCCGGGGCCUUGGGGGUGGCGGCGGCUGGUCUCUUCUGGGGCGCCCUGGCUGGCCCUGGGGUUUGGGGUGGGUCAGCCCUCUGGUCGCUCCCCUGUCCCUUCCUGCUCUGCUUCCCUCCUCCUCCCUCCUCUCCUGCCUGGCCGCUCGUCCUCAUCCCUCUCCCUCCCCUCGGGGGGCUGGGGGCCCUCCGCUGCCUGGGGGUCUGGCAUGGGGGCCGGGUGGUCUCUCUGGGGGGGUGGCUCUGGCUCAUCCGGGCACAGGCCUUGAUACUUACCUGUGUGCCGCCACUGGAGAUUAGUUUCUGCUGGCUGGGGGCUUCUGUCCGGGCCCGGUGCUGUCCUGGGGAGUGGUGGGGUGGGUGGGGUCUCGGUGGUGCUGCGGGGUGGGCGCCCUGCAUCCUGGACGUGCCGGCUCUGGGGUGGGCGUGGGGGCUCAUGGCCCUCGCUCCCUGUGGUGCGGCCUGGUCCUCCCUCCGGGGCAGGGUGCUGCAUGCGGCUGGCCCGUGGUGGGGCUGUGGCGCCUACCGGGGCGCUGGUCUAGCGCUGCGACUUCUGGGGGUUUUGGUGCUGGCUGGGCCGGUCGGGUUCGUGUGGGCCCUCCUCGGCCUCUUGCUUCUGGGCUCUGGGGGUCCUCUGCAUCAGUACCAGUGGUCUUACUACCUGUCUCCCCCGCUGCUCUGUCCUCAUGGGCCGGAUCCACACCAGACUGCCUCUUACUGUGCACUUCACAUACUUCACACAUCACUGUAUAUAGUUACUCUUAGGCACAUAUAGGGACACAACAGUUAGGGCCCUGAGAGCAGGUGGGGGCAGGAAUGAUGGGCUCUGUGGUGGGGCGGAUGGCAGGGCUCUACGGCCUUGUCUCUUCCCCAUCACCCUCUUGCUUGCCUCCCCUGCUCUCUAUGUUUUUAAUGCACCACACACACUCACACCUUGGGGGUAGGUCUGGGACAGCUCGGGGAACUUGGGUCAGGGUAGGCUGCAGAGUAGCCAUCCUCUGUGGUCCUCUGGCCCGCCCCCUGGACGCCUCGCCCAGCCUCCCCACUUUUAAUGCACCACAUGACACUCAGGGUUAUACUACCACGGUGCAGGGAUAAUGUCUCCAGUCUGGGAUCGGGAGACAUAUUAAUAGGGAGUAAUGGGGGAGAUUUCACUAAUAUGGCCUCGCUGGUGGGACCCGGCCCCCUUAUAGCUAUGGGGUGGUGGGGGUGGACCAUCAUCUGUGUUGCUGUGGCUGGGGGGUCCCCGGGACCUGGGGGCUGUGGUCGGGGGGGGUUCUCCUGCGUGCCCGACGGGUCCAGGCUGGUGCGAUGGCUCUUGGUGGGCUGCGGGGGCUGGAUUGGCCGUCCUGGUGGGCGCUGUGGCUGUACUGCGGGCUGGUGGCAUGUGGUGGCUCUGUCCUGGUGGGUUGUCAGGGCGCAUUGCAGGGGGUGGGGGCCCUGGGUGUACUGCGCUCGCCUGAGGCCUGGUGCGGGGGGUAUGCAGGGUGCCUCCCUGUUGGCGUCGCCGGGCCCCACCACACUGUCCAUUUCUACCCUCUGGACUCGCAUCGGGUCCCGGCUCCGAUUUCCUCUGACCGGCUCCCGGUGGUGGCCUGCCUUGUGAUGGGCUGGUUGCCGCCCCUUCGGUGGGCCGCUCGGCCCCUGUGUCUGGCUUCCUGGCUGCGUGGGGCCG